UCGUCGUCAGUGCAUUGUGCGUCGCGUUUCUUCGCUUUUCUCCACAGUUAUCGCCGCGCGAGAGACAUGUGACGACCGCAAAAGAAGCAUAUUGGAAAAUGACGAAUAUAUUCGACGCGAUCCCCGGCCACCGGAAGUGGUAAACGCGAUCACGUUCCCGCCGAAUUCCAAGAUCGAACUCUAAUGAUCUCUUCGACAGAACUCUACCGUGGAACUUUUAAUUGAACAUUCAGUGAAAGGUUACGGGUCAUAUCUGGAACGCGAAAUAGCCGGCGUUUGUUUAUCUCGGCGAGAAUCAAACUCCGGAAACCAGUUUUCAUGGAACAGUGCUCUUCCGGGACCUCGUAAAUUUGCCCGGGCGAAUUCUUGGACCUUCGUUUCACGGGAAGUGGAAGUGCUUCGCAAAGAUUUAAAAAAAGAUAUUCAAAAAUUCUGCGAGAGUUAGAAUAGUGAACAGGAUAUUUUGAAAUCAAGAGCGUCUGAAGAAAAACGCACAAAAUGGCGGAGAAUUCGCUGCGGAGGAAGACCAGGUCCGCGUCGAUCUGCGCUCCUGGAUUCUCCAGUAUGGAACAAAUGUUGGAGGCGAUGCCUCCCUCGGGUGCACGGGAAAGGGAUAAAAUCGACAGGGAAAAGGAUAGCGGAAGUGGUACUCCUGAUAGCAGUACACCGACCAGAAGACGUAGACCAGCAACCAGGUCCCAGAGUGCACGUGUUUCUGGCGCGAAUAAAAGUAUACGUCGGCGAGCCGCUGCACAAGCUGCGCACCACCAUCAUCAUCACCACGAGGGCACAGUUAAAUCUGCUCACUGCAGCAGCGAGCCCAGAUUAACCGACAAUGAUAUUAGUCCUGGUCUCAGGAGAAGAGGCAGUCGAAGAGGACAAAGCAUGCAUCAUACUCAUCACAGAAAGAGUAAUGCAUUUUUGGAUGUUCCUGACACCUCGUCGCAAAUGCCUGCUAGGGAAGAUGGCGAGGACGAGGACAGCUACAGGCUUAGGAGCUUUAGUCUCACCAGUAAAGAUGCAAAGUAUCAGUAA